GGGGGAGUUGGGCGGCAUCUUCAGUUGGACAUUGGCCUCCGUAAGACGAAGAGUCAGGGAAAAAGAGCCGUAGGGUGCAGGAGAGCACGAGCUGUCUCCUUGGGUUUCUUGGUGAAGACCUGCAGAAUAAACGGAAGGAUGCGACUGUCGACAAUUUUCGAGCUGUUGCUUAUUCUCUUGCUGAUAGCCUUCGCGGCUUACGGUCGAGUAAUCGAUCGCGAUGAAGCGACACAUCGAGUUGUUCGCGCCACUGAUAACACAAAGCAAAAUGACAUGGACCUGACGAUGUCGUUGAAACAGGCAACCGACAACGUGAACCGAUAUUGCACUUGUAAUGAAAAUAUCUGUAACUGCUGUCGGGACUUUCACAUACCGGUUGUACAGCUAAAAGGACCGGGAUGCGCUUCUUUGCAGUAUCUACAGGGUGACAAUUUGGCAGUCCAGCUGAGCUUCGGCGACAACAUAUUAACCAGCACAAUCGUUAACGGUAAAAAUCCAAAGCCUGUAUGCGUACCGCUACCUGGUGGUUUUACCCAUUUCUGCGGCAGAAUUUAUUCUAUCCAACGAGACGCAAAGAAGCAUUUCAAGGCUUGCCUUGGUCUAGAAUUGCAGUCGAUUACUGAAUUGGAAGCAAGUCUUCGCGUUAGUUGUUUCAGAUUUGGUCCAGAAGGUUUGAAACUCCGACCAGCCGAACCACUUCCGGUUGUUGAGACGGAAAUUUCGGAUGACGAUGACGAUGACGACGACUUCUUCGGCCUCGGAUCGGAUGACGAUGACGACGACGACGACGACGAGGACGAAACACCUUCAGCGAAUUCUGUUCCAGAUGCAUCGGGAGUUGGUAACGCGGAAGAAUCAGACGACGAUGACGAUGACGAAGACGAUAUCUUGGGUUUCAGUGCUCUGUUUGACAUUUUCACCGGCGACGAUGAUACCACGAAGAGACCUAGACCCACGACAAUAGCGCCAUUAUUGGAAUUUACUAUACCUAUUUUAACAAGGCCAACGACUUCCGCGCCGAUUGAAGAUCACGAUUUGUCCACUUUUGCGAACAAUGAGUUUGGAAAUAACGAUGAGGAGCACGAAGACAACGCUGAUAAGACAGACGAAGAAAACAAAGAUACGGAAGAAAAUAAAAAUACCGAUCUGACUGAAAGUAACACCGAAAGUAACACCGAAGGCAGCACUGAUGAGAAUCAAGAGCAAGUCACAGAAGCUUCUAACAAGGUCACAUACAUUGCGAAACCCAAUCCGACGAGCGUCAAUAAAGUGAAGAAAGGAGUUGUCGGGGAGAAGAAGAAACCCACUGUGACGUCGACCAGCGUCAACGCCAUUCAUGAUUCUGAAAAACCACCGAAAAAACCUGUCAAAGACGAGGAAGAUGAAGACGAUGAUCUUGAUGACGACGAUAUUUUAGAUGACGAUGACGACGAUCUUGAUGACGAAGACGACGAUAUUCUCGAUGACGAUGACGAUAAAGACGAUGAAGAAUUAGACGAAGAGAAUGAUGAUAAGGUAGACGACGAAAAACAUGAAGAAGACGAUGAUGAUGAAAACGAAAAGGCUGAGGAUUUUGUUGAUGAUCUAGAUGACGAUGACGACGAGGAGGAAGAUGCGAUGUUGAGCGCUCUUAUAAGCACCGGGAAGAGCAAAAAGAACACGGAAAAAGCGACAAAUCAAACUAUUGCUGGAAAGCAUAAUAAUGAAAAUGACGGUCUGGAUCUUCUGGCAAGGGAGAGACAUCCCAGUGGAAAUCGUCAGAGCAAGAUCACAAGACUUUGAAGUGUACAGAGCUGUAUAGUCAGUAGGAUAUAAUUGGAAGUCGAAAGAAACUCGUCUUUGUCUGUCGCGAAUUUUUGUUGUUUUGACAAAACUCGAGAAACAAUUUGUCAGAUAAACAAAAAUUUAUUGAAGAUAAAUUCAGUGAAUUGGCAUAAUUGUGAUAGUGCAACUUACUUUUAACGUUCAAAAUUAUAAGAAUUGUUUUUUUGCAUUUUAAUUGUUUUAUAACAUGACUGUUAUAUGUUAAAACUUUGUGUAUAUAAUUUUAUAAUUUUUUAUAUUGUUAACAAAUAAUAAUUUAUUAUUUCACUAUCAUAGUUUCCUCUUUACACGCUCUUGAUUUUAUUAAAAUGGAGACUGACAUGAGAAUUCACGAAUCGAAGAUAGAGGAACUUGUUUGAAAAAAACUCAAACAGAAUUGCGUGAAAAAAUCUUUACAUUUAGGAAACACAAUUUCGCAAUGUGAGAUUUUGUUGUUGACAAAUGAUAGAUGUUAUCAAGACAGAUUUACAUAUGAGUUAUUUGUGACCUCAGCCAUAAUAACUUGCUCGAUUAGCGUAUCGUUAUUUGUUAAGAGCAAAUAUUUAUGACUUACUGUUCGUAAUUAAGUAUUUAUUGACGCACUGUAAUUAAAUGGAAUUAAACAAAUAU